AUGGUCUUUCGAUCAGGGCUCGAAGAAGAUGGCCAUCUACGUGAUCCAGGUCAGGUUUCACCACGAAGCGGGCAGCUAAAAUUCGGUGUCAGAAGAAGUGCCCCUUCAUACCUUAGCGGUCGCUCGAAGCUCAAAAUCGUUGUAGCGUUCGCUUCUCGCGCUGUCUGUCAUUGGGCGGGAGAUAACUAUUUGAAUGGUGGCAGAAUCUUCACCGCCCAGGGGUGUUUACCCAUUCGCCGCCUCUCUGCAAAUGAAGACCUGGAUCAACUGCGUAGGUCCCUAGGAAUAUUGAAGACGGGAUUGCACAUUGGUUCUCCUCCCUCUCCAAACCUCCUGUACGAAUAUGUGAAGGCAUUUGAACAGGAUGACAAUCUUCUUCCAAAUACUUGGAUUGUCGUCCGGAUUGAUGGACGAGGCUUCCAUAGGUUUUCUGGCCGUUACCAUUUCCAAAAACCCAACGAUGAACGGGCUCUCAAUCUUAUGAAUACCGCUGCAUGUGCCGUUAUGAAAGAUCUGCCCGACUUAAUCAUUGCGUACGGCGUUAGCGAUGAAUAUAGCUUUGUUUUCCACCGGAAUUGUCAGUUAUUUGAGCGGAGAGGCAGCAAGCUCGUAACUACAAUUGUGUCAACAUUUACCGCUCAUUACAUAUAUAACUGGUCAUCGUUCUUCCCUUCUGCACCACUGGAGCCAGGAUUUUUACCGACAUUUGACGGUAGGGCCGUCCAGUAUCCGAGUGUGAGGAAUUUGAGGGACUAUAUGAGCUGGAGACAAGCUGACUGCCAUAUAAAUAACCUUUACAACACUACUUUCUGGAAUAUGAUUUUGCGGGGUGGGAUAAGUAAUACAGAAGCAGAGAAGGAGUUACAGGGGACGGUAUCCGGUGAAAAAAAUGAGAUCCUAUUCUCAAGAUUCGGCAUAAAUUAUAAUAACGAGCCGGAAAUGUAUAGAAAAGGGAGUGUGGUAUUCAGAGACUACGAAAUACAACCCCAAACGGAGGAGGAAAAGGCUGGCGAUGGAUCUAAUGAGGUCGAGUCAGAAACUGGAGAAGAGAUACCACCGACCGAAAUGACCAAAUCUCAAUUAGCAAGACUACGGAAAAUACAGAAAAAGGCUACAAUUGUUGUCAAACAUAUGGACAUUAUUAAGGAUGAUUUCUGGGAGCAAAGGCCGUGGAUUCUAUCUAAUAAGCCGGGCAGACUGCCUGCGGUGGGUUAG